CCUCGGGCCUCCGCUGCCGGCUGGGCCCACACAGCUCCGCCUCGCCCGGCCCGCACCGCCUCCCGGUGACCCGCAGGGCUCGGCCCUGCCUUGCCCCGCGUCGCCGCCGCUGCCCUCGGCUGCGCCUUGGACCCCCGAGCGCCUGCCAGGGCCCCACGCGUAGGGGAAGCGCCUGGAUCCCAAAGGGGACGACGGAGACCGGGCCGAGGGCUCCCGGGGAAGGGCAGGAAGUGCCAGGGGGUCCCCCGCGGGGCGUCUGUGGGUCCGGAGCCCGCCAUGGACGCCCUGUGUCUGCUGGCGCUGGCGGGGGCCGCCAGCUUGGCGGCCGCUCUGCCCCCCAACAUCCUGCUUAUCUUCGCCGACGACUUGGGCUACGGAGACCUGGGCGCCUAUGGGCACCCCAGUUCCACCACGCCCAACCUGGACCAGCUGGCGGCGGGCGGGCUGCGCUUCACCGACUUCUACGUGCCCGUGUCUCUCUGCACACCAUCCCGCGCCGCCCUGCUGACCGGCCGGCUCCCGGUGCGUGUGGGCUUGUACCCCGGAGUCCUGGAGCCCGGCUCACGGGGAGGCCUGCCCCUGAAGGAAGUGACCCUGGCAGAGAUGCUGGCCAGCCGGGGGUACCUCACAGGCAUGGCUGGAAAGUGGCACCUUGGGGUGGGCCCUAAGGGGGCCUUUCUGCCGCCCAACCAGGGCUUCCACCGCUUCUUGGGCAUCCCCUACUCCCACGACCAGGGCCCUUGCCAAAACCUUGUCUGCUUCCCACCGAACACCACCUGUGAGGGCACCUGUGACCAAGGCCUCGUGCCCAUCCCACUGAUGGCCAACCUGUCAGUAGUGGCACAGCCGCCCUGGCUGCCCAGCCUGGAAGCCCGCUACGUGGCCUUCGCCCGAGAACUCAUGAAGGAUGCCAAGCGCAGGGGCCGCCCUUUCUUCUUGUACUUCGCAUCGCAUCACACCCACUACCCUCAGUUCAGCAACCAGGCCUUUGGGGGCCGCUCCAGCCGGGGACCUUUCGGAGACUCGCUGAUGGAGCUGGAUGCAGCGGUGGGGGCCCUGAUGACAACCGUGGGGGACCUGGGGAUGCUGCAGGACACGCUGGUCAUCUUCACAGCAGACAACGGACCUGAGACCCUGCGCAUGUCCCGCGGCGGCAGCUCUGGCCUCCUGCGCUGUGGGAAGGGAACCACGUUUGAAGGGGGCCUCCGACAGCCCGCCCUGUUCUCCUGGCCAGGCCACAUCACUCCGGGUGUGACCCACGAGCUGGCCAGCACCAUGGACCUGCUUCCCACCCUGGCAGCCCUGACCAAGACCCCGCUGCCCAACACCACCUUGGAUGGCUUUGAUCUCAGCCCUGUGCUGCUGGGCACAGGCAAGUCCCAGCGGCAGUCUCUCUUCUUCUACUCGCCUUCCCCAGACAUGGUCCGCGGAGUGUUUGCAGUGCGGCAUGGGAAGUACAAGGCUCACUUCUUCACCCAGGGCUCCAUCCACAGCGACACCACAGCGGACCCCGCUUGCCAUGCUACAAACAUCCUGACGGCCCACGAGCCACCGCUACUCUUUGACCUGUCUGAGGACCCGGGUGAGAGCUACAAUCUUCUGGAGAGGAUCUCGAGCGUGUCUCCAAAGGUGCUCCAGGCACUGAAGCAACUGGAGCUGCUCAAGGCCCAGUUCGAUGCUUCUGUGGUCUUCGGGCCCAGCCAGAUGAACCAAGGACAGGACCCCUCACUGCAGAUCUGCUGUCAGCCCAGCUGUAGCCCACGGCCCACCUGCUGCCACUGCCCAGAGUACCCGCACUGAAGGCCCCAGGGGAAGGAGGGGGGCAUGCCUGAGAACCAAUAACACCAGCUAACACUU